AUGCAGGUGAGUUGUUGUUGAGCGCUGCCUGCAUGGCACCUGGAUGCCAAGAAUAAGCGCUGAGGGUCAAUUGCGCUCGCUGUUUCUGCUGCUGCCGUUCAUAGUGCACUUGCCGUCGAGGGAUUGCGAGCGUGGGAGAUGUUGCUUCGCGUCGCAUGAUUAUAGCGACGUCGGAGAGGAUAGCUGGAGUGAUGCGAGGGCUGGGAGUAGCGCAUGCUCCAAGCGAGGUAGAGUUGCCGCUCGCUUUCUCUGCCAGGAGUCGGAGCUGGUAUCAGCGGUCAGCGCGUAUUGGUGUCGCAAGAGCGAGUCGAAGCGCAACGCUUCACACUUCUGCAAAAUGCAGACGGGAUCUAGGCUCCUUUGCCACCGGCACGACACGACGAUCGGGACCUCAAGCUCCACCUGCCGGACUGCGCACAACCUCCUUUCCACCACCUUCCUUUCCCGAAGCCUUUGGAGCAAAUCAAAUGAUUCCCCUCUCCUCCCACCUCAAUCACAGACUCUCCAACAUCCACUCUUCUUUCCGCGCACCCAUCCGUUUCGCCUUCGCUUAUGGAUCCGGAGUCUUCAAACAGUCGGAUGCGGGACCGGAACAUUCGAAAAGACCUCAAGGUCCCAAGGGGAAAAUGAUAGAUGUCGUCAUGGCUGUUGCUCAUCCUGAGCAUUGGCACAGCGUCAAUAUGAAGCAGCACCCUCGACACUAUCCCACGGUGGCUAGGCUGCUUGGAGGCACUGCGGCUGCAAAAGUUCAGAAAUGGGGAGCUGGACUGUGGUACAACCCUUAUGUCAAGAUGGGUGAUGAGGUGAGUUUUUGAACCUUGCAUUCUUCCGUCAGGUGUGCACGCCAGCCAAGUCCUACAAGUCCCAUCAUGCUCACAUCUUCACCGCGGGACUUCAGCUCAUCAAGUAUGGCGUCAUCUCUGUAGAUGAUCUGUGCAACGACUUGCUCGACUGGGAGACGCUGUACGUCAGUGGAAGGAUGCACAAACCAGUACGUGUCAUGCUUUCUAAACCACGACACUUGACACUCACUCACGCCCAGAGGCUGACAUCGUCUCCCAGGUCGCGAUGCUGCAAGCAGACGCUCGCGUGCGGUUAGCGCAACAGGUGAAUUUGACCUCUGCUUUGCGCGUAGCGCUUUUGCUGCUACCAGAGCGCUUCACGGAGGUGGAGCUGUACACGCAGAUCGCUUCUCUCAGCUACACUGGAGAUUUCAGAAUGAGUGUGCCAGGCGGAGAGAAUGCGGACAAGGUGCGGAACAUCGUGCUAGGCCAGCGAGACCAAUUCAGGCGGCUAUAUGCUGGACUCGUCAGGAGUUUUGGUACUGUCCACAUAGAAGAGACUAGGGCGGAUCGAUUUGCCAUGAUUGUGAGCACGCAUGCGACUCCUUGCUUGCUUCCCUGAAAUGUAUUGCUCCAUGCUGAUGCCAUUCGGACCUGACACGACCUAUAGCAAGACACAUCUGCCGCCACUAGAGCAGACUACGCAGGUCGCUUACCUCUGCGGCUCCGAGAAAAGGUGCAAGCGCACUACACGGCUCAUCCGGAUGCACAUCCAGCCUUUUUGGCCCUGUCGCUGAGCAGGCGAUCGGACCAGGUGACUCGCAAGCCCAGCGCCGUCUCCCGGCACUCUGACGACGCGGAUGCGGAAAAGCAGAGGCGCAAAGCGUUUUGGAAAGCUGCUGUGGAGCAAAAAGACUUUGAAAGGGUUUUGCUGCAGAUGAUUGCAAAGACGGUCAAGGGGCCUGCUUGGGCUCAGAGCGUAAAGGGUGUCUACACUGCUGGAUUCGGCAGAUCCCUUAGAUAUGUCCUGGCAAAGGUGGGAAAGGUGAGCGUUGGGUUCCCUGCAUGCCUUGCCAAAUGGGAUGGGAACGAUUGAAAGCUGAAUCUUGCUACCUUUUGUUGCGACAGUACUUUCAGGGAUCGAAGGCGCAAAAGGACGAUGCUCCCCACAAGAAUGAAGGCACUGCAAAGUAA